AUGGUGCGAGUCGCCCUGCUAGUUUUGGCUCUCACAACAGUCUGCAAUGGGAUCCUCCCAGAGAUAGUAGACUCAGGACUCAUCCUGGAGGAGAAUUCCGCCCCGGGACAAACAGAACUGGACCGCAUGUUUGUGGAAGUGGAGCAACUCCCCGAGGAGAAGAAGCAGAAGAUUGAGAGGAACAAUGACAGUGCCAGUGUCAGACCCCAUCCUCAUAACCCUUUGGACAAAACAAAUGAAUCUGUCCACACCUCUGAAGAUCAGGAGACAAAUGACAUUACUUCCACAACUGUCCAGUCCAAUGACCUGGGGAACAACAUUGAUUAUGGGUGCGUUACUGAUGAGGACUGUGGGAAAGGGAGGUACUGCCUGUCUGAGACACACAACUCCAAGUGUCUACCUUGCAAAGCAAUCGAUGUUCCCUGUACUAAAGAUGAUGAGUGCUGUGGUAAACAGUUGUGUGUUUGGGGUCAAUGCAGUCAAAAUGCAACAAAAGGAGAAGCUGGCAGCACUUGUCAGUAUCAGACUGACUGCAACCCUGACCUCUGCUGUGCUUUCCAUAAAGCCCUGCUCUUCCCCGUCUGCUCUGCAAAGCCCAUUGAGCGUGAGCGCUGCUUUGGUGCCUCCAACCACCUGAUGGAGCUGUUAUCCUGGGACAUCCAGGACGAGCGACCCAGAAAACAUUGUCCUUGUGCGGGGGACCUCCACUGCCAGCACCUGGGGCGAGGGUCCAUGUGCCUUAAAGGAGAGGACUCAAGUGAAGAGGAUCUGACAGACAGUCUGUAUUCAGAGAUAGACUACAUAAUCUAA